UAAGUCAUUAACAUAAUCUAUGCGGUAAGAGUGUCCUUCACCAGUGACGUCAUGUAAUCACCGACACGUUUCCGCGUGACGUCACGAAACUCCAGGAGCCGCAGCGCUCUGCUCGUUACUCAGUUUGAUCCGAGAUGAAUCACAUGGAGCAGAGAGACUCGGAACAAGCUGGAACUAAAAGGCAUAAAUGCAUCCAGUGUCCAUACAGCACGGAUCAGAUGAGCAACUUGAAGAACCAUUACAGAACCCACACUGGAGAGAAGCCCUUCAAGUGCACUGUGUGUGGGAAGGCAUUUGCGCAAUCGCCAUAUCUUAAAAUACACCAGAGAACACACACAGGCGAGAAGCCCUUCAAGUGCAUUGUGUGUGGGAAGACAUUUACAUGGUUAUCGAAUCUUGACAGCCAUCAGAAAACGCACACUGGUGAGAAGCCCUUCAAGUGUGCUAUGUGUGGGAAGACAUUUACACGGUCAUCUCAUCUUGACAGCCAUCAGAAAACACACACUGGUGAGAAGCCCUUCAAAUGCACUGUGUGUGGGAAGACAUUUACACAGUCAUCACAUCUUGACAGCCAUCAGAAAACACACACUGGUGAGAAGCCCUUCAAGUGCACUGUAUGUGGAAAGGCAUUUACACGGUCAUCACAUCUUGACAGCCAUCAAAAAACCCACACUGGGGAAAAACCCUUCAAAUGCACUGUUUGUGAGAAGGCAUUUAAAGAUUCCGGAUCUCUUCGUAUUCACCAUAGAAUACAUACAGGUGAGAAACCCUUCAAGUGCACUGUGUGUGGAAAGGCAUUUUCAUGGUUAUCGAAUCUUAACAGCCAUCAGACAACACAUACUGGUGAGAAGCCCUUCAAAUGUACUGUUUGUGAGAAGUCAUUUACACGGUCAGGAACUCUUCAGGAUCAUCAGAGAACACACACAGGCGAGAAGCCCUUUGUGUGCACUGUGUGUGAGAAGGUAUUUAAAGAUUCCGGAUCUCUUCGUAUUCACCAUAGAAUACAUACAGGUGAGAAACCCUUCAAGUGCACUGUGUGUGGAAAGGCAUUUUCAUGGUUAUCGAAUCUUGACAGACAUCAGAAAACACAUACUGCUAAAAAACCCUUCAAAUGCACCGUGUCUGAAAAGGCUUUCAAAGAUUCAGGAUCUCUUCGUGUUCAUGACAGAAUCCACUCAGGCGAGACGCCCAUCAAGCACACUGUGUAUGGGAAGGAAUUUGUACGGUCAGAAGGCCGAAAGAGGCGUGAGAAGAUCCACAAGGAGGUGGAGGUGGAAUUGAGAAGUGAGAAUCAAAUUGCUUCAUUGAGCCCAUCUCGCAUGGAACAAGAAACAGAAGCUAACACCAGUUUUGAAAAAUGGCCAGGAGUGAAGGUGGAAUGUGAAGAAAUGAAGGUGAAAUGUGAAGAUGAAGAUUCGACUCCAGGAACUGACCUCCAGGUUGAUGGAGGCAACGUGAAGCAGGAGGGGCAUUCAGACUUUGAGGGAGAGCGAGGCGUCCUCGAGGAGUUUGAGGAGGAAUUGUGAAUGGAAUAUUUGGAUAGCAGAGUCGGAGGGCCCUACACAUAUGAAGUGGAGUCUGGGAAGAUCUGUAACCAAGACCGUGACAAUUCCAAAGCGUCAACUUUAUUCACAGGCUUCUCUAAUUACAAUAAUGAAUACAGCUGUAGGCAUCAUCCAGCUUUCAUUUAAUGUAGCUGCGCCAAAGUUUUGGAACCACUUAAGAAGUUUCACCUCUUGGCAUCUCCAUUCUACCAUCUGUUUUCAUUGACUCUAGGACUCGACCUCCAUGUUGAAUGGAGGCAGCGUGAAGCAGGAGAUUUCGGACUCUGAGGGAGAGUGAGGCAAUUUCAAGAGUUUGUGGAUGUGGAGUUGUGUGUGGAGUUUAUGGAUCUAAAUAGGAGGAGCCAGCAGUGUGAAAUGGAGUCCGGUUAAAUGUGAAACUCGGAAAGUGAGAGAAUCUCCACAGCUGUAGGCAUCCAGCCAGAGAUGAGCUUUCAGCAAAUAUAUUAUUGCCAUGCAGUCGUGAGAUAUUGCCGAUUUGCAACAUAAUAGGGGUGCUUUUAUUGAUUAUUCAGCAUUACAAAUUGUUGGUUAUGUAUAAAAGAUUUUGAGUCUUUAUGUUGACGUUUCGACAGUGCAGUAAGGCCUUGUUUAACAUGGUCAAUGUAUUCCUGGAGUCUCGCGUUAGCAAAAAAAUUUCCCCAUAAAUGAUGUAAUAAUAAAAUGUGUCAAUACGAUGCACUACGCACAUCACAGUGAGUGCCACCACUGCGUUACGUUAUCAUCCCGCGUUGUACACAAAAAGUUUACCCAAAUGGAAGAACCGCGUUAUAGCGAGAAUGCAGUAUGUGGACACCAUGGAAGAACCACGUUAUAGCGAGAAUGCAGUAUGUGGACACCAUACAUUAAGCGAGGACUUACUGUAAAUUUCGGUUUGCUCUGUUAAAAUAGUUUUUUAACUGCAUUUACUUUUAAAAAAUUCCUUUAAGUUUUCAGCUUUUUCUAACAUGUAUAAUGACAGGUUGCCACCUGUCAGCCUGGAGGGGUAAUCACGGGUAUGGGCAAGUUAUGUAAUGACUAACUAGAAGGGGGGCGGUAUCUGGGGUAAAGGUUAAAGGCGGAGUCAGUCGGGAAGUUCUGGGAACCUGCUCUAAGAUUCUGGAAGGGGGGGUGGCCGGGAAAUAAGGGGGACGGAUCCAGAGGUUCGGGGCUGUUGCGGGUCUUGGCUGCGUCACUGCUCGUUGUCAUCUCUCUUCAUCGUCCAGCCGCGUGGCCGAUCCUCAGCAUGAUUCUCAUCAUCGUCGUCACUAGUUGGACAGCUGUGUAGUUGGAUGCCGACGAUGGGGUUGUGUAGAAGGGUCGGCUAUGUGUAGCCAUGUAGAUAUGUUCUGUAUAACGCCCAGUGUUGUGCCUAGUGUGAGAAUAAAUAAGCUCUCUACACGGUGUGGUUGCAAAUGAACCAAAACCCUCGCCCAUCACGGCUUUUCUCAUCGUGGAUUUGACUGCCAAAUUUAUUUAGCUACAUACUCUGGUUCUUUCGGUAAAGUCACGUAGGUAGAAAAAAUAAUAGAUCACGACGUUUCGAUCACAACACAAGCAAUCGUCAUCAGGUGAGACAACUACAGCAAGAAAACUGCUGAAGUAGGCGAGAGAGCUGCCAUGACGAGAGGUUAUAUAGGUCUGAGCUGGGAAGACGGGAGGGGGAAGUGGGCAGGGCUGGAAGUAGAAGGCUGCGUGAAGAUGAGGGGGAAGUGGGCGGGGCUAGAAGUGGGAGGCUGCGUGUGAAGACAUGAGGGCGGGGCUUAUUUAGCUACAGUUCAUCGAUAGCGCCCCACCUGUAGCUCCACCAUUCACGUUUUGACUGCGAAUUUAAUAUACAGUACACAUGUUCUAACUUGCUGCCCUGCCACACUACAUCAGCCUGCAGUGAGGAGGCAGCACUUCAGCCACCUGUAACUGUUCUUACCCCACUACAUUUUUUUCCCCCCAUAUAUUUUUAUCGUGCAAGUUAUGUUAUUAAUUCUAUUGCUGUGGAGUCGUGAAAUUUUGUCGAUUUGCACAGUAGUGCGGGUGCUUUGCUUUAUAAUUAAGCAUUCUAAAUCGUUGGUUAUGUAUUUAGCGAUUUUGAGUUCUCUAACAUAGCAGAUGAGUUCCUGGAGAGUACCGGUGUAAGCUAAAACCACGCGAAGUUAAAAGAUUUUCCCAUAAAUGUAAUGUUAAGAUACGAUGUACUACGCACACCACACAUUGAGAUGGCGGGAUAAAUAACUGAGGGUACGCCACCACUACGUUAUGGUAUUCUGCAUGGUAUCACUACCACUCAGCCACGUAGGUCAAGAAAGUUAAUUGUCGACCGGUUAGAAACUGUGUUGUAACGGUGCGUGUUGUGUAUUGUACAAAGAAGUUUUUCCCAAAUGGAAGAACAAUGUGAUAGUGAAAACGUAGUGUGAAUACCCAAGUUAAGCGAGGACUUAAUGUACAUUUUGAUUCUCUGUUAUUCAAAUAGCUUUUUAACUGCAUUUACUUUAAUUUUAUUUUCUAUUUUAACAUUGAAGCUUUUUUAACAUUUAUGAGGUUUUAUGUCAUGUUUCAAAUACACCAAAACCCUCGCCCAUCGCGGAUUUGACCGUUGCCAAAUUGAUUGAACUACAGUUCACCAAUCAUGCCCCCGUGGCUCUACCAUUCACGGUUAACUGUGAGCUUCAUGUACAGUACGCAUCGGUUGUAACUUCCCUACUGGACAUCCGCCUCUAGUGAGGAGACAAAGCUUUGGCCACUUGUCAUUUUUCUUAGCUCACUGUUUUUUUUCCCCAUUCGAUAUAUUUACCGUGCAAGUUAUAUUAUUAAUAAUAUCAUUGAUGUGCAGUCGUGAAAUAUUGUCGAUUUGCAAAUAAGUACCGGGCCCUUGAUAAAUGAGCAUUAAAAUUAAUUGGUUAUGUAUAAAGGGAUUUUGAGUAUAAAUGGUUGGACAGUGCAGUAAGGCCUUAUUUAAUGCGGUAGAUUCGUACCCGCAGAGUGCCGUGUAAGAGAAAAUGACAAAUGAAUAUAAUUUUCUCAUAAAUAAUGUAGUAAUAGUAAAGUUUGGCAAGAUACGAUGUGCUACGCACACCACACUGAGAUGGCAGGAGAAAUACCUGGGUACACUGCCACUACGCUACUGUGUCAUUCAGCGUCACUUGGCCACUCAGCUGAAAGUACGUUGUCGAUCAAUCAAAUACUGCGUUAUAACAGUGCACAUUCCGCAUUGUACCGGUGUGUGUUACACGUGCACAAAGUUUUACCAAAUGGAAAAACCAUGUGAUAGCAGAAACGCGAUGUGUAGACACCACACGUUAAGUGAGGACUUACUGUACAUUUUGUUUUGCUUUAAUAAAAUAGCUUUUUACUAAAUUAAAUAUUCAUUUUUUACGUUUUCCUAUUUUUCUAACAUGAGGUUUUAUGUCAUGUUCCAAAUACACAAAUCCUUACUCAGUACGGGUUUUCCCAUCACGGAUUUGACCGUGCCAAAUUUAUUAAGCGACAGUUCACCGUUGGCGCCGCCUUGUGGCUCCACCUUUCGCGGUUGCCUGAGUUUCAUGUACAGUACACAUUCGUUGCAACUUGCUGCCCCACUGGACAUCAGCCUCCAGUGGGGCAGAGCUUCAGCCGCCCGUCAUUUUUCUUACUUCACUAUGUAUUUUUUCCCCCAUUCUAUAUAUUUACUUUGCAAGUUAUAUUAAUCAUAUUAUUGCCGUGCAGUUGUGAAGUAUUGUCGAUUUGCAAAGUAGUACGGGUGCCUUGAUAAUUAAGCAUUACAAGUUGUUGGUUAUGUAUAAAGGGAUUGAGUACCUAUAUUAAUGGUUGGACUGCGGUAAGUCCUUGUUUUAAGUGGUAGAUGCGUACCCGGAGAGUACCGCAUAAGUGGAAAUCGCGUUAAGCAAAAAAAAAUCCCCAUAAGUAAUGUAGUAAUGGUAAAGUUUGGCAAGAUACCAUUUACUACGCACACCGCACAGAUAGCGGGACAAAUAACUCAGGAUAUGCUGUCACUGCGUUACUGUAUCAUGCCGCAUUACUGUAUCACUGUACCACUCAUCCGCGUAGCUCAAGAAAGUAGUUAGUCGUCGACUGCUUAGAGACUGUGUUGUAACGGGACAUGUUCUGCAUUGCAACGGUGCGCGUUCCACAUUGUAACAGUGCGCGUUCUGCAUUGUAACAAGGCGCGUUCCACAUUGUAACGGUGCGCGUUCUGUAUUGUGCAAAAAAGUUUUCCUGAUUGGAAGAACCACAUGAUGGCCAAAACAUUUAGUGUACACCACACGUUCAGCGAAGACUUUCUGUACAUUUCGGUUUGCUCCGUUAUUAAAAUUGCUUUUUAACUGAA